GACUGAACCCACAGCUCGGCUGCAGGACUGAACCCACAAUACGCGGCAGAACUGAACCAAAUCUCGGUGUCAGACUGAUCCCACAACUCGGCAGCAGGACUGAACCCACAGCUCGGCUGCAGGACUGA